AUGGCUUCCGCAGUAGCCAUCGGCGCAGGCGUCGCAGUCGCCGCCUUUCUCGGCAGAGCCGGCCUGGUAGCGUGGCGGCGGUCGCGCGGCGGCGUGGGCGCGCUGGGCAAGGCAUUUUACAAGGGCGGGUUCGAGCCGCGCAUGAACAAGCGCGAGGCGGCGCUGAUUCUGUCGCUGAAUGAGAGCGGCAUCUCCAAGGACAAGGUGCGCAAGGCGCACCGCACGCUGAUGCUCCUCAACCAUCCCGACCGUGGCGGCAGCCCGUACCUGGCGACUAAGGUGAAUGAGGCGAAGGAGUUUUUGGAAAAGAAUUCAUGA